CUUGUGCUGCCUAUAUUACAAUUCUUUCUUUCUUUUGCAUGACUUCUAUACUCCCAGUUGGAAACUAACUUGACUACAAUUAUAUCUACCAAAUACAUCGAUACCUCACCACAGCUUCGACCUACAAGGAAGGCAAAUUUUGAUCUUUACCAACAAUGCCUGCGAUCCCGGAUUUCGAUCUUUACGAGGCUCUCGAGGUCUCUAAGGAUGCAUCUGCACAAGAUAUCACAGCUUCGUACCGUCGACUAGCAAGAGUCCAUCAUCCUGAUAAGAAUCUUAACAAUGUCAAUGCCACUGCCAAAUUUCAAAAAGUACAAGCUGCUUACGAAAUACUUUCUGAUGAGCGUCAACGCAGAGAUUAUGACCAGCCAGUUCUUUCCAACCUAUCUAGUGGAUCCAGACAGCAGUACCACCCACAAGAGAACUAUGAGGAUGAGUAUGAUGAGAUGGAGGAGAUGAUGUUCGACCAGUUUUUCCGCAUGUUCUUUACUCGCGCAUCAUCAAGACCCAGCUAUGACCGAUCUGCUGAAUUUGAGGCUGAAAUGGAGCGUAUGGAACGCGAAGAUAGAUUGAGGAGAGAUGCAGAGGCUGCCUGGGAAGCCGAUCGAGCCGCUGCCCGACUGGAAAGAGCGCGACGAAACGCUGCCGAAAAGGCGAAACGCGACGCCAAAGCCGAGUUGAAGAAGACAGUGGAAGAUGCUGCAGCUACUCUGAAAGAGAAGACUAAGAUGGAAUAUAAGUUGAAGAUGGAGAUUAAAUUUUCUGCCAACGGUUGCGUCACGGAUGCUGAAAAGCAAGCAUGCUGCGAGCAUUGCUUUUUUUGGCCAAAGGAACAAAUGAAGAAAAAGUUCAAGUGUUUGACUUGUGGCCAGAAGAGAGGUAUGACACAAUAUAAGUGCCCAUACUGCGCCUUAGUCCUCUGCCAAUUGUGUCUUAGUGCAAAACGGUUCACAAAGAAAAUCUAAGUUCAGUACCCCACUUUUCGGCCACCCCUCUGUUACGGGAGCUGCCUCUAGGGUCACGUGGAAGUGUCUAGAGAUCUCUCGAGGUGGUUUAGACUAGACUUCAAGUAGGA